GAGCCACGCACUCUUCUUUUCCUAACUUUCCAAGCUCUCUCAGGGCCACGCUUUCCUUUCUCUGUUUUCUUUGCUUUUUCUUUCCUCACCGACAUCAGCUGCACCUUCGCCUCUUCAGCAUCCGGUCCAUUUCCCGGCCGGACCAACCCUAUCUUCUGUCAAAACAACAACAGUCAUGAAUACUGAAUAUGACUAUUUGUUCAAACUUUUGCUAAUUGGAGACUCUGGAGUUGGCAAAUCAUGUCUUCUUCUGAGAUUUGCUGAUGAUUCAUAUCUGGACAGUUAUAUUAGUACAAUUGGUGUGGACUUUAAAAUACGCACUGUUGAGCAGGAUGGGAAGACUAUAAAACUUCAAAUUUGGGACACUGCAGGGCAAGAACGGUUCAGAACCAUCACUAGUAGUUACUACCGAGGAGCGCAUGGCAUUAUAAUUGUUUAUGAUGUGACUGACCAAGAGAGCUUCAACAAUGUUAAACAAUGGCUGAAUGAAAUUGAUCGUUAUGCAAGUGAGAAUGUGAACAAGCUUCUGGUUGGAAACAAGAGUGACCUUACUGCUAACAAAGUUGUGUCUUAUGAAACAGCUAAGGCAUUUGCGGAUGAAAUUGGCAUUCCCUUCAUGGAGACCAGUGCAAAGAAUGCCACUAAUGUUGAGGAGGCUUUCAUGGCAAUGGCAGCAGACAUUAAGAAUCGGAUGGCAAGUCAGCCUGCAAAUGAUGCAAGGCCACCAACAGUGCAGAUACGGGGACAGCCUGUUAACAAGAACUCUGGCUGCUGCUCUUCUUAGUCGAUUUUAUCCAUCUUCCUCGGCAUGCAAGCAUGUUGGAAUAGCGCUUGCGCUGAUCUAGGAAAAUUAUUUCUUCACAAUCCAUAAUAUCAUUCGCUUGGCCAGUUCUUCCUAGGUUGUUCAGAAAUUUAUUUCAUUUUCAGUUCACCACAUUAUAUAAUGGUCUGUACAACUGUUCUUAUGUUGCUUGAUAGUUGUUCUAUUUUACUUAGUAUUUGUUAAAUCAUAUGGUUUGAAAGCCACAAGACACUUUUUUUCACAUAAAAUUGAAAUUAUAGU